GCGAGCACGGGGGCGGAUCCCCGCUGGGCCCAGGGCCUGAACAGGAGCCAAUCGGGCAGCCGAGGCUACUGCCAAUCACGCGGCUCCCUCCAAUCCCACCCGUGCCAUUUCCAAAAUCUCGGUCCCACUGUGCAGCUCAAAUGUGGUGUUCACUCUGCCAAUCGCUGGAGGAUAGAGUGGGAACAGGAAUAAGCAGAGUUAGGAGGCCAGGACAAAAGAAGUUAAAGAGCGCCUAGUAUAUACAUGUUUUUGAAGGCGGGCAGAGGGAAAAAAGUCCCCCCGGUGAGGGUCUAUGGGCCUGAUUGUGUAGUUCUGAUGGAGCCCCCUUUGAGCAAGAGGAACCCGCCAGAGCUGAGAUUAGCGGAUUUGGCAACGGCUCAGGUCCAGCCGCUUCAGAAUAUGACAGGCUUCCCGGCGCUGGCCGGCCCGCCCGCCCACUCCCAACUCCGCGCCGCCGUCGCGCACCUCCGCCCGCGGGACCUGGGCACUGACCCCGGCGUGGCCACCACUCCGCUCGGACCCGAGCACAUGGCCCAGGCAAGCGCGCUGGGCCUCAGCCCUCCCUCCCAGGCGCUCCUGGCACACCCCGAGGCUCCGGCGGCCGCCGCCCUUGCUGCAGCCUCGGUCGCGCACCCUGGCGCCGGCAGCUACCCCUGUGGCGGGGGCAACAGUGGCGCGCAGCCCUCUGCGCCCCCGCCCCCAGCCCCUCCUCUUCCUCCCUCCCCUUCACCCCCUCCCCCUCCCCCGCCUCCUCCUCCUCCUCCUGCCCUCUCGGGCUACUCCACCACCAACAGUGGCGGCGGCGGCAGCAGCGGCAAAGGCCACAGCAGGGACUUCGUCCUCCGGAGGGACCUUUCCGCCACGGCCCCCGCAGCGGCCAUGCACGGGGCCCCGCUCGGAGGGGAGCAACGGUCGGGCACCGGCUCCCCCCAGCACCCGGCCCCGCCUCCCCACUCGGCCGGCAUGUUCAUCUCAGCCAGCGGCACCUACGCUGGCCCGGACGGCGGCGGCGGCCCGGCGCUCUUCACCGCGCUGCACGACACGCCAGGAGCCCCCGGCGGCCACCCGCACCCGCUCAACGGCCAGAUGCGCCUGGGGUUGGCGGCGGCGGCGGCAGCCGCGGCGGCCGAGCUGUACGGCCGCGCCGAACCGCCCUUCGCGCCGCGCUCGGGGGACGCGCACUACGGGGCGGUGGCUGCCGCUGCGGCCGCCGCCCUGCACGGCUACGGAGCCGUGAACUUAAACCUGAACCUGGCGGCUGCGGCGGCGGCCGCAGCGGCCGGGCCCGGGCCCCACCUGCAGCACCACGCGCCGCCCCCGGCGCCGCCGCCGCCGGCGCCCGCGCAGCACCCGCACCAGCACCACCCCCACCUCCCAGGGGCGGCCGGGGCCUUCCUGCGCUACAUGCGGCAGCCAAUCAAGCAGGAGCUCAUCUGCAAGUGGAUCGACCCCGACGAGCUGGCCGGACUGCAGCCGCCGCCACCGCCACCGCCCCCGGCCGGCGGCGCCAAGCCCUGCUCCAAAACUUUCGGCACCAUGCACGAGCUGGUGAAUCACGUCACGGUGGAGCACGUGGGCGGCCCCGAGCAGAGCAGCCACGUCUGCUUCUGGGAGGACUGUCCGCGCGAGGGCAAGCCCUUCAAGGCCAAAUACAAGCUCAUCAACCACAUCCGUGUGCACACCGGCGAGAAGCCCUUCCCCUGCCCCUUCCCGGGCUGCGGCAAGGUCUUCGCGCGCUCCGAGAACCUCAAGAUCCACAAGCGCACUCAUACAGGGGAAAAGCCUUUCAAAUGUGAAUUUGAUGGCUGUGACAGGAAGUUUGCUAAUAGUAGUGAUCGGAAGAAACAUUCCCAUGUCCACACCAGUGACAAGCCCUACUACUGCAAGAUCCGAGGCUGUGACAAAUCCUACACUCACCCAAGCUCCCUGAGGAAGCACAUGAAGAUUCAUUGCAAGUCCCCUCCACCUUCUCCAGGACCCCUUGGCUACUCAUCAGUGGGGACCCCAGUGGGUGCCCCCUUGUCCCCCGUGCUGGACCCAGCCAGGAGUCGCUCCAGCACUCUGUCCCCUCAGGUGACCAACCUCAAUGAGUGGUACGUUUGCCAGGCCAGUGGGGCCCCCAGCCACCUCCACACCCCUUCCAGCAAUGGAACCACCUCCGAGUCUGAAGAUGAGGAAAUUUACGGGAAUCCCGAAGUUGUGCGGACGAUACAUUAGAAUUUAUGAUUAAUAAUAAUAAGUGAAAUAAUAAGUGGGAGUCCUUGGACCACUUCCUAACCUGAGACAAUGCUGAGCCUGAGACAAACCCGUGACUCAGACUUGCCACCGGGUCUAAUUAGCCCUAUUUAUUCAGUAUGAAACCCUAUGGUGUUUGUACAUUUAAUUAAUUUAAUUAAGAUAUUUGGGCUUUUUUUUUUUUUUUUCUCUUAAAAAAAACAAACAAAAAACAACCAAGCUGGACUUGUACAUUGCAGGAGGACAGGGCUGGGGGCAAAUUGUACCAAGAAAAAUGGAGAGAUUAGUUAGUCGAGAUACAGACUGCUGAUGCAACGUAUAUAU